UAAGAGAAACUGUUACCAAAACGGGUAGGUCCCAAUAGCAGAAGUUUAAUAUUGAGCAGCCUGUUCAACAGGUUGGCCGGCAUUAAAUAAAGCUCCCUUGCAAAUAAUUGAAGCAGCUAACAGGAAAUAUUGAGAUAGAAAAGAAAAAGGAAAGGGAAACUAUGACACACUUCCUUCUAGUUCAUGGUAUGUGUCAUGGAGCUUGGUGUUGGUACAAGGUUGUGUCGCUGCUCAAAUCAGGCGGCCACCGUGUCACUCCCUUGGAUCUUGGUGCCUGUGGAAUCAAUCCCAAGACCAUCACUGACCUGGCUUCCUUGUCCGAUUAUGCGCAGCCAUUGAUGGAAUUAAUGGCCUCUUUGCCUGAAGACGAGAAGGUGAUAUUAGUGGGUCAUAGUUAUGGAGGGGUUUUCAUUUCUUUAGCCAUGGAAAGCUUCCCCAAGAAAGUAUUGGCCGCUGUUUAUGUGGCAGCUUUGAUGCCGAAUCAUGAUUAUCCUAUUGCAACCGGAUUAAUGGAGCUCUUGAAACGUAUUAUGGCGGAGCCGCUCUUGGAUUUCCAGGUAUGGUUUGAUGAUGGAUCAGAAAGUCCACCAACUCGCGCCUUAUUUGGACCAAAAUACACGGAGACAAAGGUUUACCACCUCUCACCAAAAGAGGAUAUAGAAUUGGGUUUGACGUUGAUGAGACAAGGAAAAUUAUUCCUCAAAGAUUUAGCAAACGAAUCGCUGCUAAGCAAAGAGAAAUUCGGAUCCAUCCAUCGGGUUUAUAUAGUUUGCAAAGAUGAUUUGUUGGUGGAAGAAAGUAUGCAGAAAUGGUACAUUGAAAACAGCCCAACAGAGGAUGUGAAAUUCAUAGCUGGUGCGGAUCAUAUGCCCAUGUUCUCCAAGCCUCAUGAGCUCUGCAAAUGCCUCCAAGAAGUUGCUCACCAAUAUAAUUGAUAAUUAAAGAAUUUAUCUUGAUAAUUUUCUCCGUGUUAAUCUGAUCGUAAGGGUGUUCACCAUCCAAACAUGAUCUGAAUUAUGUAAUCACUAAAAAUAAUAAUUUUGAAGUUUAAUUCAAUAAAAA